AUGAAGUUCUCCGGUAUCCUCGCUGGCGCUUUCGCCACUCUCGCCGUUGCCGCCCCCACCAAGGAGGUUGAGGCCCGUACCGCUAUCGACCUGUCUCUCCUGAACGGUCUCAGCAACUUCAACGCCAUUGACAUUCAGUACCUGAACGUCAUCAACUCCCUGGAUCUUCAGCUCCUGAACACCCUCGCUGUGAACAACAACUUCAACUCUCUGGCUUUCCAGGGCCUGUUCCAGAACAACGUCUUCGACCUGAACUCCAUCCUCCAGCUCCAGCAGCUCCAGACCCUCCUCCAGUUCGCCAACCUCGGUGUCUUCAACCAAUUCGACCUCGCUUCCCUGCAGCUGCAGCAGCUCCAGCUCGGUCUCGUCUCUGGCAUUGGAGGCUUUGACUUCAGCUCCAUCAUUGACCAAUCUCUGGUUCCCCAGAUCACCGCCAUUGCGCAACAAACUGUUGUCGUUGCCAAGGAGUAA